AUGGCUCUUGACUUAGCAUCGAUAUCCUCGUUCAUCACCAUACAUUUGUUCACCUGGUAUGGUGCUAUUAUACUGUUUGCUUUAAUUUACGCAACAGUUGGUAAGAUCAAGAGAGAAAUUUUUAUUAGAAAGCAUGGUUGCAAAGAAGCAUAUGUCUUUCCUGAUGGUGGCCCCUUGGGUUUGGUAUUGGCGUUCAUUUUACAGAAGUACAAAUCAGAUGGUACCAUUCUUGACUUUGCUUUAUCAUUGUACGAGGACUAUGGUAAGAGAACCACUUUUACUGCAUAUUUAUUUGGUGUCAGAGUUGUUGUUUCUGGGGAGCCUGAAAACAUGAAAGCAGUUUUGGCCACCCAAUUCAAUGAUUACUCAUUGGGUUCAAGACAUGCUCAUUUUGCGCCUUUGUUGGGUGAUGGUAUUUUCACUCUAGAUAAUGAGGGUUGGAAGGAGUCAAGACAAUUGUUGCGUCCUCAAUUUGCAAGGGAACAAAUCUCACACGUUAAGAUGUUGGAACCUCAUGUUCAAGUACUUGCGGAACAUAUUAGAAAACACAAAGGUCAAACUUUUGAUAUCCAAGAAUUAUUUUUCAGAUUGACUGUUGAUGCUAGUACUGAAUUUUUGUUUGGUGAAUCUGUCCACUCAUUGUAUGACGAAUCAAUUGGAAGAAAAUGUGACCCCGAAGUUGCAGGUUUUGCUGAUGCUUUCAAUGCUGCUCAAGUGGCAUUGGGAGUAAGGACCUAUUUGCAAGUGAUGUAUUUUCUUUACAACCCACCUUCGUUUUGGAAAAACACUAGAACUGUUCAUAAUUUCGCCAGAAAAUUUGUCGACAAGGCUUUGAGUUUGACUCCUGAACAGGUGGAAGAAAGAACACAGAAACAUGGUUAUACAUUUCUUUACGAAUUGGUUAAACACACAAGAGAUCCAAAAGUUUUACAAGAUCAAUUGUUGAACAUCAUGGUAGCUGGUAGAGACACAACCGCUGGUCUUUUGUCAUUUACCAUUUUUGAAUUAGCUAGACAUCCAAAGGUUUGGAACAGAUUGAAGGACGAAAUUUAUCACCACUUUGGAUCAGGUGAAGAUAGUGAUGUUGAAAACAUUUCUUUUGAAACCUUGAAGCAAUGUACUUAUCUCAAAUGGGUAUUGAACGAAAUCUUGAGAUUGUACCCAUCGGUUCCUGUAAAUUUCAGAGUUGCCAACAAAGAUACUACUUUACCGGUUGGUGGUGGUCCAGAUGGAACUUCACCUGUUUUUAUUGGAAAAGGUACCACUUUUGCUUAUUCACCAUACAUGACUCACAGAUUGGAGAAAUUCUACGGAAAAGACUCUUUUGAGUUUGUCCCAGAACGUUGGGAAAAUUCACCAAAGUUGGGUUGGGCUUAUUUGCCAUUCAAUGGUGGUCCACGUAUUUGCUUGGGACAACAAUUUGCUUUGACUGAAGCUUCAUAUGUUAUUGUACGUUUAGCUCAAAUGUUCCCCAACUUGUCAAGUAGUUAUAACGGACCAGAGCCAUGCAGGAAAUUGGUUCAUUUGACUAUGAGUCUAAUGGAUGGUGCUGAAAUUCAAAUGAGUUAA